AUGGUGAAGAAGUAUUCUAUACAAAGGAACCAAUUCUACACCACAUUGACCUCAAAUGAGAAGGUCCUUCAUCUGCGGUGCAAGAAGAAUUGUGGUUGGUCGCUACGAGGUACUAAAAAAAGUGAGCACUCAGACAACUUUACCAUAGUCACAUACAAAGGCCCGCACCGGGAGACCUGUGUCACUGAAGUGUUAUCUACAGAUCAUGCACACUUGGAUUCAUCUAUAAUUUCCAAUUUUGUGAAGUCUUUUGUGCAGAAAGAUCCAUGCUUGAAAGUUGAAUUUAUACAGGAACUCAUAUCCAAGCAUUUUCAGUUCGACGUUACUUAUCGAAGAGCAUGGUAUGCUAGGGAGAAAGCCAUAGCUGAAGUAUUUGGAGAUUGGGAGAGUUCUUAUGGCAGACUUCCGCACUUCAUGGAAGCACUCAAACAGUCAAACCUGGGAACCGUUGUUGUAUGGAAACACAAAGCUCUAGUAGACGGUAUUUAUUACAGCAACAUGGAAGUGUUUGAACGAGUAUUUUGGGCCUUCGGCCCUUGUUUUGAAGGUUUUAAACAUUGUAUGUCUGUCAUCUGUAUCGAUGGGACGCAUUUGUACGGGAAAUUUAAAGGAACAUUGUUGGUUGCUACAAGUGUGGAUGCAAACUUCCAAGUAUUUCCGCUUGCAUUUGCGUUAGUCGAAGGGGAAAACACUUCCAGCUGGUCUUGGUUUCUUGGCUGCAUUCGGGUUCAUGUCACUCAACGGGAUGGCCUCUGUGUUAUAUCUGAUCGACAUGUUGGGAUCAUUGCAGCAAUGAAUGACCCUAACGUUGGAUUCACUGAGCCGCGAGCCUAUCACAGGUUUUGUGUUCGGCACUUGGCUUCUAACUUGAAGACUCACGUGCGAAGAAACGACAUGAGAGAUAUGUUCAAGGCUGCUGCGUACCAAAGGCAAGAAAGAAAACUGCAAGCUAAUUUGAGUUUGAUCGGUCAGGCAUGUACCAAGGCCAUACAGUAUAUUGUCCAACUCCCCAUGUCUAUGUGGUCUUUGUUUCACGAUGCUGGUCGCAGAUAUGGGAUAUGUACUACGAACUUCUCAGAAACAUUUAACAAUGUGUUGAAGGGUGCUCGAUUUCUACCUAUCAUGUCCCUUGUUGAGUUAACAUUCCACAGAGUGAAUAAGUAUUUCACUGAUAGAAGUGAAUUAUCUCAGAUGACAUGGGACCCGUAUGAAGCUGAUUUAGUUGCUGCCAUGCCUCCACAUCUGCUAGAUCAUUAG